GUAGAUCAGGCUGGCCUCGAAUUCGAGAUCCACCUGCCUCCUGCCGAGUGCUGGGAUUAAAGGCAUGCACCACCAAUGUCAGGCUCAACAAAACAAAUUUAAAGAAGAGUGGCUGAGGUAACUCAGCUGACAGACACCUGCUGCCCACCCAAGUGCCUGAGCUCCAUCUGCAGGGCCAGUGUGGCGGACAGAGGGGGCGUGUCUCCACUCAUGUUCAAGGCUGUGCCCCGCGCCACGCAAACACACAGUCGUGGGUGAGCCUCCAUGUCUGUGUCCACUGCCCAGAGCACCUCCUCGUGACCUUUCCAUUUGAGUACGUGGUGUAUCCCAGACUGUCCUCCGUCUGCCAGGUGGAGCUGAGCUUGGCCUGGAAACCAUCUUCUUCCUGCCCUGGCUUCCUGGGUGCAGGAACGUGGAGGUGCAUUUGUCGCGCAUGCAGUAUGCCCAGCGGGUGGCCAGUAAAGACAGUCCGGGUUAAGUGGCCGGCCUGCCUUCUGUCAUCUGGCUCUCCCGUUUGUGUUUCAGGGGCUUGAAGCGGGCAGGACAGAAGCUGGGUACUGUUGGCCAUCUUCCACUCCCUCCCUCCUUCUCUCAGAACAGGCACGCGGGACAGCCAGGCACGAUGGGGAGGAAAAAAAUCCAGAUCUCCCGCAUUCUAGAUCAAAGGAACAGGCAGGUGACGUUCACCAAGCGCAAGUUCGGGCUGAUGAAGAAGGCUUACGAGCUGAGCGUGCUGUGUGACUGCGACAUCGCGCUCAUCAUCUUCAACAGCGCGCAGCGCCUCUUCCAGUACGCGAGCAGCGACAUGGACCGCGUGCUGCUCAAGUAUACGGAGUACAGCGAGCCGCACGAGAGCCGCACCAACGCCGACAUUCUGCAGACGCUGAAGAGGAGGCGCGUGGGCCCGGACGGGGAGGCGGAGGAGGGGCCGGAGGGGCCCGGAGAGAAGCUGCUGAGGACGCUGGGGGGCGCCCCGGCCGCGCCCCGGCCUCUGCUCUACCCCGUGGCCCCUGCGACGUCGGUCCCGGAGCUGUCGUACCGAGUCCCGCUCGACCCCAGCGGGCCGGGGGAGGCCCCGCCUGUCCACAGCCGCCCGCCCCACUUCCGACCCCCGGGCCCGGGACACCCCAUCUUCUCUGCGAGCCACCUCGCCGGCAAGACUCCCCCACCCCUGUACCUGGCGGCUGACGGGCGGAGGCCAGAGCUACCCGCCGGCCUGGCUGGGGCCCGCGGGGGCCUGGGCGCCUCGAGGAGCCUGUACAGCGGCCUGCAGAGCCCCGGCGCCCCGGGUCCCGCCCCGGGGAGCUUCGCCUUCCUGCCCGCAGGCCCCACAGAUUGCACCCCCGGAGACGCCGCUCCGCUCCCCCUGCAGCCCUCGCCCUGGCCCCUGACGAGGGACGCGGUGGACCCGAGCCGGCCCGGCGCCCGCAGCCUGUGUGAGGAGGGCCCCCCCAGCCGGGUGGCCUCCCCUCCGACGCCCCCGAUCAGCAUCAAGUCCGAGCGGCUGUCCCCGGCCACCGGGGCCUCUGGCGACUUCCCCAGGUCCUUUCCCUACCCUCUGCUCCUCGCCAGGCCCCUUGCGGAGCCGCUGCGGCCCGCGGCCUCCCUGCGCCGCUUGACCCCCGACAGCUGGCCGCGGUAGAGCGCAGAGGGCUCCUCCAGCCUCCUCAGAGAUCUCGGGUUCCCUGCACAGCCCGAAGGGCGAGGGCAUGCAACGCCCGUCACCCGUGAGGCACUGUUCCUUCCUGGGGCUGCUGCAUCAAUAAAGCCCAUGGCUCCCGGAGUGUGCUCGGAAACCUCCCCACCCUGAGCCUCCCAAACCCGAGGUAUCCACACCCAGUCUCUCCAAAGGCCUCCUUUAUGUAUUCUGGUUCUGGGGUGCACGUUGUAGAAACGGAUGGAUUCUCGAGAGGAGCAAGGUCUGGGGGAGGGUGGGAUGUGUCCCGAGAAAGAGCUCCAGGAGACAUCAGCAAGGGCAAUCCAGAAGGCCUGAGCUGCUCCGGUCUGAAAUGAAUUCACAGCCGCAUCAGCAUGGCUGGUGGGAGUUGCCUGGGGUGACCAGGAGUUCUAGACUAGCCUGGGGCAAGAAAAACAAUGCUUUAAAAAAGUAAACAGGAGCCUCCCCCAAAUGGCUCAGGAGGUAAA